GGUUUUUAUUCAAUUCGUCCCUUAACUUUUGUCGACAACAGUACACUUUAAUUAUACCACAUCACUUACGCCAAUGCCUACUACUGCUACGGGUAGCAGUCCGCAGAUGCCUCAUACUGAGGCUUCAUUUCACGGAAAGAGUCUCAAUCCAAAUGAACGUGCUUUCAACCGAAAUUUGAAUGUUGAAGACCUUGGUAUGCCUCCAAGAUCUUCAUCGAUUUCACCUCGUACAAAACCUCAAGAGAACGAAGGGCUCGAAGAACACGAAGAUUUAUCACCUAAUCAUUCCAUACCUUCAGGUGAUGAGGCAGACUCGAUUCACCAUUUUCUCGCACAGAGCUGGCAUCCUGACUCACAAGUGCCGAAAUCAGCCCAGGUUCCCCAAUACAAGAGUGCAAGUAUAGCAAUUCCAGAAGCUAGUCGCCAGCCUCUAACAAGAAGUGUUUCGCAGCCCGCAGUUCCUAUGCGACAUGCUCGAAGAGCAAGUGACAAUUCGGUAAGCAAUUUCAACCGUUUCACCAAAAAUUACAUAAUUCCAGCUGCAAAAUGGGCUUACUCUCCCAUUUCUGGUAGUAGCAAAAGUAAAAAGAAAACCCAGCAAUGUGAAUAUCAGAUAGAGUACUCAGUAUUCAAACCGUUGAAGCACUUACGACCUGUAAAGACUCAUAAGGAUUUCAUCAUCCAUUGGAGAACAAUUGUGGAAGAUGAGACUGGCCAACAGUUCGACUAUCCAGAAAACUAUCUAGGCCAACAUGACUUCAAUAACCUCGUUAAUAGCAUAACGGACGUGAUUGAAAUCGAGCAUCUCUUUCCCCAAAGAAUCGCUGCUGGUUCUUCCGGUAGCUAUUUCAUAGAAAAUCGCAAAUUAGUGGCACCUGGUCAGACAAGAGUCUAUAAGGCUGGUGUUUUCAAGCCCAAAGACGAAGAGCCCUAUGGUCCAUUAUCUCCAAAGUGGACAAAAUGGCUUCACAGAACGUUUUUCCCUUGCUUCUUUGGUAGAUCUUGUCUCAUUCCCAACUUGGGUUAUAUCAGCGAAGCUGCAGCGUGUGUUUUAGAUCGACAACUCUUGUCUUACAUUGUACCUUAUACCGAUGUCAUCUACUUAAGAUCGCCUACUUUCUACUACUCGUACUUUGAUAGAGCUUCUACUGUGAUGAAACUCCCGCGUAAAAUUGGCUCUUUCCAGGUAUUCUUGAAUGGCUACAGUGAAGCAAUCGCUUGGUUUCGUAGAUUCCCAGUUCCACAAGAUGUGACCAUACUUCCAGCUAAUCUGAACAUCACAGUCGGAGCCAAUGAACUGGACUUGGAUUCUAGGUUUGUAUGGUCUACAGCCAGUCUCCAGCAAUUCAGAGAAGAGUUGGAGAAAUUGGUUAUCCUUGAUUAUAUAAUGAGAAAUACCGACAGAGGAUUGGACAACUGGAUGAUUAAGAUUGUCUGGAAGACUAUACUGGAAGAAGGAGACGAGAAGACUUUGACCCCAGUAAUUAGAAUCGGAGCCAUUGACUCUGGUUUGGCAUUUCCCUGGAAACAACCCGAUGAAUGGAGAUCGUUUCCGUUUGGCUGGUUGUUUCUACCAUUGUCAAUUAUAGGACAGCCGUUUUCUCUUAGAACCAGAAACCAUUACCUACCUCUAUUGACAUCCAAACAGUGGUGGGAACUGACUGUGACCAACCUCAGAAAGGUAUUUGAGAUGGAUAAUGAUUUCAAGGAGAGGUUGUGGCUCAGACAAGUAGCUGUGUUAAAAGGUCAGGCGUUUAAUGUUGUUGAAAUUUUGAAAUUGAGCUAUGCUGGACCGUUGGAAUUGACCCGUAGAGAAAACUUGGAAAUCAUUGACGACAUUAACCAUCUUCCAGAUCUGGUGAAUAACGAUAGUUUGUUAAGGGCAAUGAAAUCAAGCGUAUAUGAACUUGGAAUAGGUGAACAUGGCUACAGUCCCUACAAUAAGAAUUCAGACGAAGAAGUAACCCCAGUUGCGACUACCACCCACAAUGAAACUGAGCCGUUAUUGGGCCAUUCAUCUUCAGCACCGCACAGUCAAAGGUAUCUUGAACCUAUAGGCGUAACUGGCUUUGAGUACAACCUCAGUAAACACGAUCAGCACACAGACCACAGUCAUGUUGGCCGCAGAGUUGUCAUUGAGAGGUUGGUUAAAGCAGACAGCAAGCCCCCAGUAUUCACAUGGUGCUGAUAAGUAUGAAUUAAUGUAUGCUAGAAGGAAAUAAUUAGAUAUAUUUAUUUAUAUACACAAACUCUAACGGUU